AUACUUACCCAGCACCAUCAUCCGCUCGAGUUGAAUCUUACAUUCACCUCACAAGUAGUAUCCUCACUCAUAUUCUUAUAUAACCAAUCAUGCCAAAGACCUACGCUUGCUCUAUCUGCAACCAAACUUUUCCCAAGUUCGCCGACUGCAAGAUACACGAGGCCAUGCAUUCACCAGAAAAAGCGUACUUCUGCACCUGGGGCGGCGGGUGUAACUUUGUGACAUUGCAUAAAACAAGCUUCAACGAUCAUACUGAUGGGCACACGGGCGAGCAACGCUUCAUCUGUCCUCACGAUGGCUGUAACUACAGAGCUCACACCUCUUCAAACCUCACACAGCAUCGCAAGAAAGAACAUGGGUAUGUUCCUCGGGCGUGCAAUCGUCGCGGUCCCUCUGCAACAGAUUCAUCCUGGGCCCAGUCGUCGUCCCAGCCUCCGCCGGCGGCAGAGCCGCUUCCCCUUGGUACAUUCUACCAACACCAACACCAACCCCAACCCAUGCAACCGCAGGCCAUGCAAUCCUAUCCCGCUCAAUACCAACCUAUGCAACCGCAGAUCAUGCAAUCCUAUCCCACCCAAUACCAACCCCAAUCCACUCAAUACCAGCCUCCCCCACCUAUCCACAACCAGUCGCUGGGAGCCUUAUACGGCCCAGCAGAUACCGCGGGCGACUAUACCAUGUAUACCGGACCCGCGAUGGCCCCAAAUGGAUGGACUGAGGGAUGCAUGUUUCCUGAGAUGAUGCAGAGACGCCCUUCGGAGAUGCCAGGGUAUGAGUAUAGGCGUGCUUAGUUUUACUCAAGAAUCAAGCGUCAUUUUGUGUCGCUUUUUUCUUUCUUUCUUGGUGAUAGUCGUUCUUUUG